UCGGAGAUGUACGUUUCCAAAACAUCAAGGAUCAAUUUGACUCUUUAGAAGAUUUCUGAUUACUCAGUGGCACAAGUCAUAGUUAUAACACACAGUUUUAACACCGCUUUCAUUCAAGAGGCUUAUCUUGGACGUUCUCAUUGUUCCAUUUGAUAUCAGCGAUCAGAUCUUUUAUCACUCACUGGUAAGGUCGGUAAGGUAGCUGCGUCUGUUUCAGAAGCGUUUUGUGGGAAAUAACGUCGUUGAAUGUGAUAUGAGCGCAAUAAACAUGCUUCGUUUUAAACUGCUGGUAAUUAAUGUCCUGAUCUCAUGGAUCUCAAUUGUUUCUCCUGAAAAAAAGAUUGUAGACAUUCAAACAGGUUAUGAUCCUGGCUCGUGUACCAAGAAGGAACGUGGUUUGCUAACAUUGAUCAAAGAUCGUUCAAACAAUGAUAAACUGUUAAUUUGCAAGGAAGAAAAUGGAGUUUAUGCCUGGAAAACAACGGACGGUUCCAGUCCCUCUGGCGAAUAUUUCAAUCCUGGCUACGACUGUACAGAUAUUUUGAAUAAGAAUUUUGAGUCCCGAGAUGGUUUUUACUGGAUAAAUUUGAAUCGAGGUGCUCCCAAGAGGGUUUAUUGUGACAUGACAACAGAUGGAGGAGGAUUUGCGCUGAUUGGUAAACUCAACAGUUCUGUAACAUGGACAGUUCCGUCCAAAAAUACAACAGUUGAUCCAUUUGGUAAAUCUCAGUGGUCCAGUGAUCUCGGUGACGCUCCAGUUCUUGAUUUCAGAAUACAAAUAUCAACCACGGAAAACUUAGCUAAAGCAAAUGCUCACUGGUCCUACAGACUGCGAAAUAUUCGUCCUCUUAAAAAUAUCAUGAUUGUUAAUCACGGGGGUUGUGGAGCAACAUCACCAGGCAUUGGUGACAUCGCUUAUGUCAAAGAUCUCCGGACUGAGAAAAUUGUCGCGACAAAAUUCCGUUGUUCUCGGUUUGGAAUGCAUCAACAUUCUUUUCUUAAAAUCGGAUGGGCGAUGAUGAACGAAUGCUUCGAAAAACAAUGUCCUCUUGGUUUUGCUUUUCAUCAAAUGUUUAAUAUCCAAACAGACUCGUCAGGAUCUUUCAGCUACAGUGUUGUUAGCGAUACAUCAGGAAUCCGUCACAAUUCAACCGCAUUUAUUGGCUGCGACAAGGGAGUGUGUUGUAGCUGUUUUAGUCCGCCGGGCAGCACAGACGAUCUCUGUGGCACGGAUUGUCAAGCAAAACCUGGCGCAAAUGUGGUAAAGAAUGUUUAUUCAUGGUUCUGGGUGAGGACAUCUUCACCAAAGAAAGUUUGGAACAAAUGCAUGGAUUAUAAAGUUUCCGAAGCUGAGGGAGACGAGGUCUGGUACAAGUUGAUUGGUCAAAACGUUGUCCCCAAGAGAGGUCGUUGUUCAACAAACGAGCCGCGUUUAAAUGAUGGAAUUAUAGUUAUUCCGGAUAACAGAAAUGUCCCAGAGGUCACAGGAAUAUUCAAAUUUCGAGAAGAUAAUCAAAAACUUUAUGUAAGGUCAAAUAAUAGCUGGAAUAUGAUAGCAGAAGAAAAGAUUCUAACUGAAGUUAAUGUUGCCGUCGCUAAACUUACAUCACGUUUGGAUAAAUUGAAUCGGAGAGUGGAAACAAAAGCGAGUUGCGCUGGCUUGUAUCGAACCGGAGCAAGAAUGGACGGAGUCUACACAAUAGAUCCCGAUGGUCAGGGAUCGUUUCAAGUGAGAUGUGAUAUGACCACAGAAAGAGGAGGCUGGACCGUGUUUCAAAGAAGACAAGAUGGAAAUAAAAAAUUCUGCCUUCGAUGGUCAAACUAUAAAGCAGGCUUUGGUGAUCUUAACGGCGAGUUCUGGUUAGGCCUUGAUAAAAUACAUCGUUUGUGGAAAUCUGGCCAAAAUGUUUUAAGAGUUGAUUUGAUGGAUUUCAAUGGCGCUGAACGUUACGCUAAAUAUGGAAAGUUUAGUGUGGCUGAUGAAUCAGACAAAUACAGAUUGAAUAUUGGAAAUUAUUCAGGUAACGCAGGUGAUUCUCUGGCUUAUCACAAUAAAAUGCAGUUCACUACCAAGGAUAGCGACAAUGAUAGGUAUCGUAGUAAUUGUGCUACGAGACACAAUGGAGCUUGGUGGUACAAAUCUUGUCAUCAGUCUAACCUCAAUGGCCUGCACCUGGGUGCAGGUCAGAAUGAUUUCAGCGGAAUAAGAUGGAACAGCUGGCACUAUAAUUCUAUGAAAAAGACAGAGAUGAAAAUUCGUCCAAACCAGUUCUAAGAAAAGGACGAGCUUUAGCAGGGACAUCAUAAAUAUAUUUACUGACUGGCAAGAAUAUCGAGUGUGUUGAUUUUUCUAGUUGUAAACAGAAAAAUGCACGCAAAUCAAUUUGUGAUUGUUUACUAUCAUUCUAAUCGCAAAAAAUACUCUAUUGAUAUAAUAACGGUAUAAUAACAGACCUAAGUCAGUGAUGGUUACUAGGGAUGCAAAAAUUCAAACCGGUUUACAUUAACUCGGUUAUCCGAUAUUCAAAGAAUUGUAAAAUAACUUUGAGCAAGUAGUCUUUAUAAAACCAAGUUGCAAGAAUAUCGUAACGUUUAGGGAUGUUUAAAGCGACUGCCAGAGAUAAUAUUUUUUACUUAUUUCAAUGCCUCAAAGUCAUUUCACGCCCAUGGUUUGAUCUCGAGUAUCCGGGAUCAUAAAUUCCUAACCAAAUGAAUAAUACGUUUGAAACUUUUGACUAAAAAAGGUAAAAAAAAGGUAUAACUAUAUAAAAAGGUAAAAUUUUGUAGUUGUGACGGUAGAGAUUUUUAAUGUCUGAGCCCUGAAUAAAUAUAUUUAAUAUUCAUUUUUUGUAAACUUACGUUUUGAUUGAUCGAUUUGUGUACCACGAUAG